AGGGGGCGCAGGUUUGCGUAAAUGUUUUGUUUACUUCCAUUUUUUUCGUUUGUAUUUGGCAUUUUUUAAUUAUCAGAUGUAAAUUUCUUAAUCACCAGUCGUUUUCCUGUAAUUUUCAUGCGAAAAAAAUUUAAUCUUUUAUUAUUAUAACGAUUUAUUUUUAUUUCGAAUAGUUUGGGAAUUUAUUAGCUUGGCUGAAAAUCAGCUGUGUGUAUAUUGUUUGUUUACAUCGUAAAGGUCUUUGGACUAUAAAUCUUCUAGUUUUGUAAUGUCAACGGUUCAGAACUGGACUGGAGAUGCUAUUGAUGUAGCAUUGGCUGCUGACUUUGAAGGUAGCUUAUCAUGUCUGGGUAUUGAACUUGGCACUGAAAACUAUGAUAUGAGUGCACCUUUGCAUUCUUUGAUUCAAAGUGUUUCAACUGCUGAUUAUUCUGGAAGUCAUGAAAAUGGAGAUGUUUCACCGUCUAGAGAGAGUCCUUUUCCUCCAGUUGAGCCUGUAAGAAAUCCCUAUUCUGCUCAAGCAAAGAAAACUAGAUUAGCAUUAAGUGGGGAUGAAGAUGUUACUAGCGCCAUCAAACGAUUUUGUGUUAGCAGUGAAGAUAAGGAAAAUAGUGACAGUUCACAAAGUUCCAGGUGCCGUCACAGUUCUUCUGUUCCAGAUUUGAGGUCUACUGGUUCACCUUCCGUUGCUGCUGUUUCUGUUUUAAGUCCAAACAUGUUGAGUCAAAUGUUGCAGAUUUCUGAUUCACCGCCACCUUUUGUUAUCAGAGAAUUACCACCAAAUUUAAAGAAUUCUGGUUUUCAGUAUGUGUUAGGGGCAGCAACUUCAAUCGCAACUAAAAUCAAUGAAGAGACAAUGACCUAUUUAAAUCAAGCACAAUCUUAUGAAAUUAAACUUAAGAAACUUGGAGAUUUGACAGAAAUGAGAGGGAAAAUGCUCAAGAGCAUUAUUCGUGUUGGUUUUCAAGAAAGACGGUUGCAGUACUGUGAAAAAGAACAAAUUGCUCAAUGGCAAAAUCAGAGGAUUGGUGAAAGAAUACUGGAAAUAGACAUUCCUCUGUCAUAUGGCGUGUAUGAAGUACAGAAUGAUCCAAAUAAUAUCCACCUUUCUGAGUUUCUAUGGGAUCCUACUAAUGAAACCGGAGUAUUUAUUAGGUUGAAUUGCAUUAGUACGGAAUUUACACCAAAGAAACAUGGUGGAGAAAAGGGAGCCCCAUUUCGAAUACAAAUAGAAACAUUCUCGGAUGCUGAAAAUUAUACCCAGAGGCUUCAUGUAGCUUCCUGUCAAGUAAAAGUGUUUAAACCGAAAGGUGCAGAUCGAAAGCAUAAAACUGACAGAGAAAAAAUGAGUAAAAGAACUUUGACUGAACAGGAAAAGUAUAAGACUUCAUAUGAUUGCACUGUAUUCACUGAGUGUGUAGCUGAUAGUUUAUACAUCACAGUACCUUCCACUAAUGCAGCUCCUACUCUACCAUCUACAUCAGUACCGAAGACUGUUGCCAAUUAUUCUCCUAAACUAACGAAUCCAGAAAGCAAAGUUAUUCACACUUCUCAAGCGAGGAAAAGUUUAAAAUUUGAAAGACACAAGAGUGAGUCAUUAGACCAAUCAGAUGUUUCCAGCCAUUCACAAGAAAAAUCUCCCUCCACAGACAGUUUUGAAGUAUGUCCUGACAUUUCUGUAAAAGAGGAAAAUGACUUACUAACUCAAGCUGUUCAAUUUUUGGGGAAACAGGAUCUGGAAGGGAUGUGCAUUGAUUCAAAUAUUGCAGAUGUUUCAAAUUGGCUCCAUAAAAACAAUUUUUCUGAAUUUGCAGAACCAUUUUCCAACUAUAACGGUCUUGAUAUGUUAAGGCUUUGUCAAGAUGACUGUAUUAAAAUAUGUGGUCUUACAGAUGGUGUAAGAUUGUUUAAUUCACUUCAUUGUCGGCCUGUGUUAGCUAAAAAAGCUAUAUUUGCCAGACUACCCAACGAAGAUGUUUUCCGAGCCGUCUAUUUACAUGAUCUGAGUGCUACUUACUUAAUUACAAAGUUAGCUGUUUUGUUUCACAUUCCUGUAGAAAGUAUUCAGGAACUGAGGUUGAAAUCUGGUUCAGCUGCCAUCUAUUCAGUUACUGAUGAGGUGGUGGCUAAUUUGCGAGACGAUUCACUCUUUGUUUUAGAAAUUUUGUUGCAUGAUCAUUCUUUGGACAAAUAUAUUCUUCUACUAAAGCCACACAAAGAUUUAUAACGUAUAUUGACUCGGAGAUUAAGACUCUCAUUUUCCAUUAUGUAAAUCUGAAAUGCCAUAGUUUUCUAUACUCAUUCAUAGAACUAAAGAAACUUAUAUUUACUGUAAAUAAAAUUUUAAACCUUUUAUUUUAGAUAUUUGCACAAAGUGUAUAAGAGGACUCUUUCUUUUUUUUAUAUUUUGACAUUUUUAUUUUAUCAUUUUAUGUUACAAUUUUUAAUGCUGUUUUGUUGUAUAUGUACACAUAGAAAAGCUAUGUGGUUGACCAAUAAAUGAUUUAUAUUGUGGUUGUUA